CUGCACGCCUUACAUUUUAUAACGAUAUUCACCAUCAUGAUUUCUACCACUUGUCAUGUCGCUUCAAAGUUCGCCAUUACGGGCAUCCUCUCCCUCUGCUUCUUCAGAGAAGCUGUCAUCCGCCCCGCUCAGCGUGACAGGACAGUCUCCGCCGGCCGGAUCGUCGCGUCGGGCUGCCUAUCGACAUUCAUUCUUAUCGUGGCUGCCCACCGAACCGCCUCAAAGAUCCUCAGAGGCGAGAUCGGCAUCUCCUCCGCCGACGAGAAUCCCACAGACACCGUUUCCACCGUGACAGCACCGGAUCGCCCAGUAUCCAUUUCUUCGUCGCCUGUACCCGACUCCAUUCCCGACAUCACUAUCGAUUUGCCUUCUUCUUCGAUACCUGUACCCGAUUCAACAUCGCCUUCCGACAAUACAACUAUCGAUUUAUGUAUUCCCUCGUCACAUGUACUUCCGAGUCCGUCGACUCCUUCCGACAUUACUAUGCCAGUGGUCGAUUUGUCAAAUUCCUCGACAUGUAUAUCUCCACCAGCGCCUCACGACAUCACCACAAUCGAUUUGUCGACUUCAUCGGGAUAUGUAUCUCCACCUUCACCUCGCAACAUCACUAUUAUCGAUGUGCCCGAUCUCGCCAACUGUAACCGACUAUCCCUCACAUCCGACACUACCCUCGUGGUCCGCGACGACGACGACGACCUCAAGUUCGCUGACAAAGCCUCGAGUACCAAAGAGGUCGAGUCAUCCGGCAACGAACGGACUUUCCAAGAGGCCAACAAACGAGCACCAGCACGCGCUGCGCACGGGUACCGUGUCGACAUACUACCCCCAAUCACAACACUAAAUAAACUGCGGCCACUCUUCCUGGUCAACAAAUUCCGGACGACAACU